CUUUCCGUUCUACAAAAGAUGGCGUCGGUGCAAAAAACCGAGACGGUGGCGUUUGUUUGAACACAUGAACCCGAGCCUGAGGAAGGCAGAAUAACGGAAAGUCAUGAUCAACCUUCGAUAAAUCAACAAAACACAACCAGAUAUGAAAUGAUAAAUAAUCGCCGUUAAGUUUGUACUUUGAUCCAGGGCCUACAUUCGGGCCUGCUUGUUGUUUAUGGAGCGGACGCGGCCGGUGAAAAAACUCGAUUUCCCAGAAGCACUUUCGAAAGGGUGUUUUAAAACCGACAUGGCCACCCAGGCAGAACAGGAAGAAACCCAGGCCCAAAGCCGUACAGACUCGUCGUCUCCGUCACCCGAGUCCUCUCUGUCCUGGUGUCUGAUCCAACUGAACAAGUCCAUCUCCAGAGUGGACGCCGCACCCGGGGCCGAAUCCAAACCCUCCAGAGAGGCGGAUAAGCGUCUCCGGGCGGGUCAGUGGAGGGCUCUGGUGGCCAUCCGCACUCACCACAUUAAAGGAGGAAGCAGCAGGAUCAGGCGGUACCAGACACAGGGCGGUUUGCCCCCCCUACUGGCCAUCCUGCGCAGACAAGAGAGCUCUAGGAAGAUCCUGGACCUGACCCUCAGCAUCCUGGCCAACUGCUGCACAGAGAAGGAGACGCGAGCCGAGGUGCGGAGACUGGACGGCAUUUCUCUCGUAGUGGAGGUCCUGAAGAGACAUGCUUCAGUGGAGACGGUGGAGAACCGGGCAGCUCGUGCUUUAGGGAACCUCGCCAUGGACCCUGAGGGAUCUGCACAGAUUCACUCUGCAGGUGGUGUUCCUCCUCUCCUCCUCUGCCUGUCUCUGUCCAGCUCUCCCUCGUCUCCGCCCUCUCCCUCCAUCGUUCCUGCUCCUCCACCAGCUGCGUCGUCCUCCACCCUGGAGCGUGCUCAGUCAGCCGCCCGCGCUCUCUUCUACCUCUCGGACACGCCCUCCAACCGUCUCUCUCUGCUCUCCCAGGGUGCCCUGCCUGCCCUGGCGCUCUUUCUGGCCUCUGAGUACCCCCUGGGUCUGAGGCGGGCGUGUCUCCGUGCUCUCCACGAGCUGACGCGGGGCUGCGGAGCCGAGUGCGCCCGGGAGGUGUCCGUCUCCGGGGUGUUGUCUCAGCUCGGCCUGCUGGCUUCCGGAGAAGGAGGCGGGGCUCUGGAGGAGCUUUCGCUAAAGACUCUGGCUAAUCUGUGCUCUCAGGGCUGCCUGCGCCCCCUGGUGGGCUCAAUGGGCAUCAUUCAGAAGUUCACAGAGGAAGCGAAAAAGGAUCCUCUGAAAUCCAGUGUUCUAUUCAAGGCUCUGUGUUUGUGCUGCAAAGAGGCGGUGAACCGCGCCAAGGUAAAGGAGAGUGGUGGACUGGAGGUGCUGAUCCGCUUCCUGUCCUCCUAUCAGAACCACCCUUUGACGCGAUUGGCCGUCUUGGCGUGCGUGGACUUCGUGUACGAUGAGGCAGCUCUGGAGCAGCUGCAGGAGCUCGGCCUGGUCCCGCUGCUGGUCCGGCGCCUCGUGGACCUCGCUCGGGAAGACGACUUCAAGAUGGACGCCGGGCUCUCUGCGAGCUCGCAGUGCUCCGAACUCGGCUCCUGUUUCGACUCGUUUGAUUUUCCUCCUCCUGACGGGAGCAGAAAGGAGGAGAUGGGGAAGGAGCAGAGUUCCUCCAGCUUCCUGAGCCUCAGGUCCUGGCUGCUUUCUGAGGGUUUUAUCUCUUCAGAAGUGGAGCUGAUGAAGUCACCCUGUAGUUCAGAUGGAGAUUUAGGUUCUCCUCAUUCCACCUGGUCUCCUGCCUACUCCUCCUCUCCCUCCUCAUCCUCUUCUCCUUCUCCUCUCUCUUCUGAUGUUUCUUCAUCACCGGCUCAACAGAAACCUGUCUCCUCUCCCUCAGCUCGGUCCAGAGCCUGCCGUCUGUCCAUUUCUGUGAGCCCCGCGUCUCCCUGUCCGCAGCCGACAGCCAGCACGUCCAUCCUGCAGCCCAAACCCUCCGUUUCUCCCUGUAAAGUCUCGUCUCCUCCGAGGAAGCGAGCUCGCACGUCUUCUCUGUCCUCCUCCGCCUCUCGUUUAACCCUCGUCUCCUUGGAUGCUCCUCCGGCGAUACCGAAGACGCCCGUGUACCAGCACCCGUACCACCCCGAGCCGUGGGCGCCGGAGUCUCCCAUCCUGCUGCUGCUGUCCCGCUUCUCCCACGCCACGGACCCGAGCACCGCCCUGGUCACCGCGCCUGUCUUCUCUGCCCUGCUUCACUACCUGACGCAGCACCGCGAGCCGAGCGGACGCUGCUGCCGCAUGCUGGUGAGGAUCAGCUGCAACCUGAACUGCCUGCAGCCGCUGGUCCGCACCGGUGCCGUCGCUCUCAUCAGGCACCGCCUCUGUCUCCGGGAGCAAGACGGACCAGGGGAGACGGACAAGCAGUCGGACAGAAUGAAGGCUAAAAUCAGACAGCUAGGUCAGGGGCUGCUGAACAACCUGCGUGUCCAGAGUGAGACAGGAUUCGGUUCUGGAGUUCUGACCCACAUUGUCCUGUCAGGUUCAGAGAGCGAUAAAAUCCACUGCAUCCUCUGUCUGCCGCUGAUUAUCAGUAACAGAGUCCUUCUGAAGAAGCUGCUUCUGGACAGCGGAGGUCUGAUCUCAGCUCUCGAGCCUCUCGUGUGUCUGGACGGUGCAGAGGACGAAGACGACAGUGCUGAUAAAUGCAAAUCAUUUCUCUCUGCUUGGAUCUGUCCACCUGAACAAGUGUGCGCUUCCAGGUAUCACUCGCUCUACGCGUCUCUCCUGAUCGGCUGCCUGUCUAGUCUCCUGGCAGGGUCAAAGGUCGAGCUAGACAGGCGAGAGGGUCAAGGCGUUUUGGAAAAGCUGCAGCAUCUGGAUCCGGAUUCUUCUUCCUGUCAGUGUCCUUACCAGACAUCCAUCCAUGACCUGAAUUUCUUGUUGGAUGAUGGAAGCCUGCUUCCGGGCAAUCGGGACGUGGUUUCUGGGGAGGUGGGCGUGGCUGAGGCGGAGUCAGAGUAUUUCCGUGUGUUAUUGAGAGGCAAGUUUGAUGAAGCUCAGAGGUCAAGCAGAGACUCCGUUCAUAUCCGAGACGUGAGCCGGGGAAUGCUGCUGCCUGUCCUUCAUUAUCUUCACGGCUGCAGGAUGACCGGAGACGGAGCUGGACGCUGCCUCGUUUUGUCCUCGCUGGUCUCCGGGGGUCUGACGGGACACACAGUGUUUCAGAAGACUCCUCUCGCUGAGGUGAUGAUGGGAGCCAGUCGCUUUUUGGUUCCCGGAUUACAAAGGACAGCCGAGGACCUGUGUGUGUCCGUCCUGUCCAGUCUGGCGUCCAAGGUCGAGGCUCCGUGUCCAUCGAAACCUCAGAAACACCAUCUCGCUCUGAACACUGUGGAUGAAAACGGCGAGGACAGCGCACUGCUCUCCGUCCUGCCCCAGUUUUACUGGUUCUCCCAGCGCUACUCCUACUCCCGACUCGGACUGUCCUGCUUGUCCAUCCUGCUGCGCCCUCAGCUUCCUCCCUCCGUCUCCUCUGACUGUCUCCUCCGUCUGGUCCGGCAGGCAGACAGCACCGAGAGCCUGCGCCAGGACCUGCUGAGCCUCGCCACUGCCGCGCUCAGCUAACGCCGCACUCGGGAAUUCUUCCUCAGACUCCGGUCAGUUAUAAACGGAAAUAUGGGGCGACAUUCCGACCGACUUUCCGUGUUUCUGUAUAAUAAAUGCACCUGAACUUUUGCUCGGACUUCACACCUGCACAUGAACUGUGGUGUUUUUUUUUCUGAUUCACAUCUUGGACACGUCGGGUCUAUUCACACUGAACACGGUUUUUUAUUUGUUUGCACUAAUAAAGGAGGACGCAGCGUUCUGGUUGAUUUAGAUAUCAGAUAAGACUUCAAAAAAAUUGUUUGUUUUGGCGUCCAGUCCAAACUAAAGCCUCGCUUGUACUACUGUAGGACACACUGACUUUCUUGUUGUCCAUCACAUCUGCUCACGAAUUAGGAAUGAUUGACCGCUGUAUUUAUCGCCAACAUUUACUGAAGCUCCGCCCCUUUCCCCUCUCUCUCUCUCGUUGGUAAUGUUUAUCGUUGGUGAUGUUGUGUCCUCGCUUUCUGGCGCUGUGAAGGGAAAAUGUUUCUAGUUCUGUAAAAGGAAGUGGGUGUGGCUUUCAUUUCAGGUGUCUGAUGAAUGUAAUUUAAUAGAUGGUGAGGGGAAAAAAAUGCUCAGCGUGUAAUAACUCAUGUUUUGGUGUUUUGGAUCUAAUCUUUUCUGUAUUUUCUCUCUGAGAUGAUGAUGAUUAUUAUUUUCCGGUACGAACGAUGUCUUCAGUGUGAAUAAACCUCCAGAGAGGAAGUGUUAGAGAUUUAUUUGGGGACCUGAGAACAAUAGGAAGUAAAGAAACGUUUAUAUUUUAUAUUAUAUUAUAUAUAUAUGUUAUAUAUUUCUUGUGCAUUAUGGUCAUGGCUUAACAUUUUUUGGAUUGAAUUUUUAUUAAUUUUGUGUUUUUUUUCCCUUUUUGUUGUCAUUCCUCCUGGUUUAUUUCUUUGUGUUAUUUUUAAACCAUGUAUAUAACCUAACCUUUAGGAUUGCUUACGCGUAUGGAUGUGUUAUAAAUGAUGUAUAACACGCUAAAGAGCGAAUUUAUUUCUUCCUGGUGUUGUGUAAUAUAUAUAUAUAUAUAUAAUAGUAAUCUCCAUACAGAUGUAGCUUGUGCUGUUGUACAGUGUACGAUCACGUCAGGGAUAGAGUAACGUUUACGUUCUAUUUUUCAUUCCUUUAUUUUGUAAACACACACACACACACACACACAGAGUGUAUUAAGUGUCAUGGACAGAAUGAUCUCAGAAGCCGGAUGAACUCCGAGGCCGUGUUUCUGUGUGAAAUAUGAAAAAUAAAAACAUCUCCUCACUGGAACUCUGUAAUGUUUUUUAUUU